UUGCAUUUUUCUUUUCCCCUCCAGCCACAAAGAAAUGAAGCAAUGAAAAGUUUGACUUGAGAGGGAAGGAAGGGCCACACCCAUGAAAUUUUGCCUUCCUCCUUGUGAAGAGUUUCACUUGAAACAGAGACUGCCGGUGGGAUUUUUACGGUCUUGAACCCCAGAACCAUGUACACAGCAAUUCCUAAAAGUGGCUCUCCCUUCAAUGCUUCAGUAAAAGAGCCAGGCCUGCACAUCUGGCGAGUGGAAAAGAUGAAGCCGGUGUCUGUUCCAGCAGAAAUGAAAGGCAUAUUCUAUACUGGGGAUUCAUACCUGAUUCUCCACAAUGGAGAUGAUGAUCAUUCCAGUGUACACAUCUGGAUUGGCCAGAACUCCUCCCGGGAUGAACAGGGAGCAUGUGCCCUACUCUCCACCCAUCUUAACUCCUUCCUUAAAGAAAAACCUAUCCAGUACCGGGAAGUGCAAGGCAAUGAGUCAGAUAUUUUUAUGGAGUACUUCCCUCAUGGCAUCAAAUAUCAGGAAGGUGGUGUAGAAUCUGCCUUUAACAGGACCCAGGCCAGUCAAGAACACAGUCCCAUCCAGAAACUCUACCAAGUGAAAGGGAAGAAGAAUAUCCGAGCCACUGAAAGGGAGCUUAGCUGGGCUAGUUUUAACACUGGCGAUUGCUUCAUCCUGGACCUGGGAGAGACCAUCUUUACAUGGUGUGGGGCAAAAUCCAACAUUCUGGAGCGCAACAAAGCCCGCGAUUUGGCAGCUGCGAUUCGGGACAGUGAGAGGAAGGGGAAAGCCAGAGUGGAGAUCAUUGCAGAUGGUGAAGAGCCAACUGAGAUGAUAACGGUGCUGGGCCCUAGGCCUCCUCUGAAAGAGGGCAGUCCUGAAGAAGAUGCUGUUGCUGAUCGGAAGAAUGCAGUGGCAGCUGUCCUGUACAAGGUCUCAGAUAUGACUGGGAAAAUGAGCCUGACAAAGGUGUCUGAGUCUAGUCCGUUCCACCAGGACCAGCUCAUCACAGAUGACUGUUUCAUCUUGGACAAUGGGCAGUGUGGCAAAAUCUAUGUUUGGAAAGGCCUCAGAGCCAAUGAACAGGAACAGCAGGCUGCUCUGAAGGUGGCAGAAAACUUCAUCUCCCAAAUGGAGUAUCCACUGAACACACAGGUGGAAAUCUUACCCCAAGGCCGUGAAAGUCCUCUCUUCAAGCAAUUCUUUGUAAACUGGAAGUGAAUGUUGAAUCUACACCUUCCCUAACAAUAUUCUGUGUAUGUGCCUUACCCUGCAUCAACCAUUUUGCCUUAUAAAAUUGGAGCCGCUG